GUGGCGUCCAAAAUUCUCGCUCUUUAAUUUUUCGUGGGUCAAAGAAAAACAAAUCAGCGAAGAUGAUCGAGGUGGUGCUGAACGACCGUCUGGGGAAGAAGGUGAAGGUGAAGUGCAACGAGGACGACACCAUCGGCGACCUGAAGAAGCUGGUGGCCGCUCAGACCGGUACCCGUGCCGAUAAGAUCCGCAUCCAGAAGUGGUACAACGUCUACAAGGACCACAUCACUCUCCGCGACUACGAAGUCCACGACGGCAUGGGCCUCGAGCUCUACUACAACUGAAUAUCAGGCAUUAUAACAAUGCACUGGGUGUGGGACUGAUGCUUAGUCUGUAUAAGAGGUGGUGCUGUAUGGAUUGCUUUAUCGUAGGAUGGGCACAGAUUGUCUGUAUUUUCUGAAACUACUUCAUAAGUGCUUUGAUUUCUUAUAUAAUUCAAUCUGUACUCGAUAUGUUGGUUUACUGUAUUCGGUGGAAUAAUGAUACACAAGCAGUAUAUCUUCUAUGACAUAACUCACAUAAGCAGUAUGAUUUGGGUGUGCUA